GCACGAGUGCACGUCAUGGCGCCAAGGCUGGAGCGCGGCGGCGGCGGGUUCCAGCUCCCGAACUCCGACCAGGAGAACUCCCUCUUCCUUCGCGCCCUCAUCUCCGUCGUGUCCGGAGACACGGACACCGUCGUCCCCACGCUGCACCUGGAGCUUUCGCCGCCGCCCUUUGCUGCCACUCCGGCCGCGGGGACGCCUGCUGCAGCUGCUGGGUGCGUCGGCGUGGACGGCUGCCACGGCUCCUACCUCGCCGCCGCCGAGGCGAUGGCUGGCUCCAGCAGCGAGAGGGAAGGGUGCUCUGCCGCGAGCUUCUUAAAGGAUGGCGGCGUGGGGAAGAUCACGGGAAAGAGGAGGGGAGGCAAGUUCGGGGGUGUGCGUCAGCGGCCGUGGGGUAGAACGGCGGCGGAGGUCGGCGACCCACACCCCGUCAUGCGCAAGUGGCUCGGCACCUUCGACGCCGCCGCCGAGGCCGCGACCGCGUGCGCCCACGACGUCGCGGCGACAUUGGCGUUCCGCGGCCACCGCGCCAGGCUCAACUUCCUGGCCGCGGCCGCGUCAUCGUCUGCAUCGUCGUCGGCUUCUGGCUCCUCACGGGCCAUUGCGCAGCGUCAGCACUUGCCUGAGAUCAUCCAGGAGAACUGCAGGUCAAACGCGUCCUCGUCAGCGUACGUGCCGCAGCUGCCGGAGCAGGGAAGGCCGGUGGCGAGGGAGCAUGAGAUCUGGGAUGAGUUACAGGAGAUUAUGAUGAUGGACGGUACCAACUUCUCUGUGACGAACCUGCAUGAAUAGUGCAUUAUAAUUG